AUGGCGCUCCGUCGACCUCAUCGCAAAUCCCGCCACGGCUGUCUGGAAUGCAAACGCCGACGAGUCAAGUGCGACGAAGCCAGACCAACUUGCUCCAAUUGCGCCAAGCGCCAUUCAGAAUGUGAAUAUGGCUCGUCCAGCUCCUUACUCUGGGCCAAUGAAGAACCAGCCGUGGCGAGACAAGCAUCUCGGGCAUCGGGUUCAGAUAGCGGCCAUCCCGGCGACUCCAUUCUAAGUAGCCCGCCAGCCGACUCCCUCGGCAUCCUGGGCCGGCUCAGCGGCGACGGUCUACCCGCGAACACGCCCACGCCGGCGCUGAAUCUGCAUGAUUUAGAACUCAUGCUGCACUGGUGCAAUGACACCUACCACACGCUCUCCCGCAAUGACCGCACAGAUCUAGUCUGGCGCAAUGCCGUGCCGGAAGAGGCCCUCUCGCACCCGUUCCUAAUGCACGGCAUCCUGGCGCUGUCCGCGCUACAUCUCGCCCGAACGGGUCCCGAGCCCUCGCGGCGCGCGGCGUAUCUCAAUCGUGCCGUCACGCACCAGAAUCAGGCCCUCGCUUUAUUCCGCGAGUUGCUCGGCGACAUCAACGAGACCAAUGCCAAGGCUAUGUUUGCCUUUGCCGGCAUCAUCGUCGUGUAUACCUUCGGGUUCCCGCAUACCCCAGACGUGCAGGACCCAUGGACCUGCGUGGACGACUUGUACCAGGUCCUCGUCUUGACGCGCGGCGUGCAGCAGGUUAUCCGCUCGCCGGCGGAUUAUCUCAGCCAUAGUAACUUCGCGCCGAUCCUGCAAGUAGAGGAGGUUCAUGCGAGACUGCCCGAUGACGCUACGGCGACGAUCAACAAUCUGCACGAGGCGAAUGAGGUCUGUGGUGCGCGUGACCAGUCCCAUGAGACGGAGGUGUAUACCGCCACUAUCGAUAAUAUAGCUGAGAUGCUUAGCUGGGUGUAUGGUGGGAUGACGUCCAGCGUGAUUGCUGGUCGGUGGGCUAUUAAAUUGCCUCCCCGGUAUUUGGAGUUGCUUCGGGAGCGUGAACCCAUGGCGCUGGUCAUGUUGGCUCAUUUUGGCGUGCUGUUGCAGUUUCUUAAGCAUCGCUGGUGCUUUGAUGAGUGGUGUGUGCGCGUUGCCAAAGCUGUGUGGAUGAUUCUGGAUGAUCAGUGGAGACCGUUGGUUCAAUGGGCGAUGGUUGGUAUUCUGGGUGAGAAUUAUCUGGAAAAGAUGGAUUCUCUGUGA